AUGGGAGGUUCCUUCAGCUCAGGUCCGGAAUCAGAUGAGAACUGCAAAGUGAACAGGGGCGUGGGAUCUGCCAGUCGAUCACACGAAGGGCGGAACCUCUUUGCCCAGCGAGGAUGCUGCAAGCGCCAAACAAAGUACGUCUGCAUUGGACAAGACAUCUCUGGUAGUCCAGCAAGCAUCGAUGUCGGCGUGUGCAGGACCCAUUGUGGGGGUCCCCAGAGGAUGACGUCCUACAUUGCAGGGGUCCUUGGCCUCUCCAGGCAAUUCUCGAUGCUGGAGUUCCUUCAAACCAAGAAGCUUCAGGACAGGUUCUCGGAACCGCCACCAUCUAACGAAGCCGACCGUUCCUGCCCGCUGGACCACCACUGUGAGCCCAGUAGCGUCCGGGUGGAGAACGUGCUUCUUCUCACGGGCAUCCGGCAAGUGGAGGUGAUCGAGGGCUGCCACUGCGCUCCGAGUCCAGCGGAGUGUCUCCGGUUGCCGUCCCUUAAAACCUUCUUCCCGGACUCCCCUCUAGAGAAGACCAUCGAUGUCGGCAAGUGCUCCGUCCCACUGCAUUCUGAAGACGGGCUGCUCUGCGUGCCCAUACGCUUUGAUGUGGCUCUGCUGAAAAGUCCCAACGGGAAUGAUGUGGUCCAGACCCUGGAGAGCUGUGAGCUGAGAGAGUCUUGCUACCGUGUCUCCCAUUGGGAAUAUUACUUCGAAGUCCGACUCAACUCCGCCGGGAAAAGGCAGGAGCGCUUGAAGGAAAUCGAUGUUGGCCGGUGCUUGGGGGAAUGUGUCUCGGGGAACCGUUGCCUGCUGAGGUAUGUAUGUACAGCUGGUCUGACCACAUGA